AUGAAUUUGGGAUUUUCUGAUUGAUUUGGGAUUUUUUGAUUUUGGGUUUCAGGAAAAUGGCGCCGAAGCAGCCAAGUACGGGUCUUUUUGUUGGAUUGAACAAGGGACAUGUUGUUACUAAGAAGGAGUUGGCUCUUAAACCCUCUAGCCGUAAAGGGAAAACUAGCAAGCGUGUGCACUUUGUAAGGAAUCUCAUCCGUGAGGUAGCUGGCUUUGCACCUUAUGAGAAACGUAUCACUGAAUUGCUGAAGGUUGGAAAGGAUAAGAGGGCACUGAAAGUUGCCAAAAGAAAGCUCGGAACCCAUAAACGUGCCAAGAAGAAGCGUGAGGAGAUGUCCAACGUCCUCCGAAAGAUGAGGGCUGGUGGUGGAGCAGGUGACAAGAAGAAAUAAGUCUUCAUUUAUUUCAUUCCAUGUUAACUGGAUGUACCCAUGUUUUGAAAGACAAGUUUUGUUUGGUUAAAUUAUGUAGUGUGCUUUUACUUCUAGAUAUUUCUUGUUUAGACAAUAUGAUUUAUGAAAAGUACCAUUGGAUUAUUCUGUGCUCUGCUACGAACGAGGUUCAAUCCCUUUCUAUCCA